CUCCGGUCAUCAUCAUGUCGCCGUCCUAUCUUGACCUGGUUCGCCAAUGCGACAACUUUCCCUACUACGAGGACAGCCCCCAACUGUACCAUGACACCAAGAAACAUUUCUAUGAGUUCCGAGUCAGCGAUUGUGACCGCCUCUUGGGACACAUUCCCACCUCCGUCAUCGACAAGGUCCAAUGGCCGGAAUGCUGGAUAAUUGAUCAUUCGAAAAAGACGGCCACGCUGGGAUCAGGAUCCCCCGACACAGCCGCGGUGCGAACGAGGCUGCUAGCCACCACCAUGCACCAGAUGGCGCAAAUGAACGAUUUUCCCAUUCUCAGAGGCUGGCGGAAUGAAACCUUCCCUGUCUAUGGACCAGGUGGGGAUGUUCUCCUGGAAAUCGAGCGGUCGGGCAGUGCCCUCUUCGGCAUCGUCACGUACGGAGUCCAAUUGACUUGUUAUGUGGAAGACGAGCAUGGUCUUCGCGUCUGGAUCGGCAGACGGUCGAGGUCUAAACAGACCUAUCCCGGCAUGCUCGAUAACACGGCGGCUGGCGGACUUGGAACAGGUCGUUUACCCGGUCGCGCAGUCAUCCAGGAAGCAGUCGAGGAGGCCUCUUUGCCGACGUCAGUUCUGACAGAAGGACUGCAGUCCGCGGGCUGUCUGUCCUAUUAUUAUAUUCAAGGGUCUCAUUCCGGCGCCGCAGAUGGUUUGCUGCAGCCCGAGGUGGAAUACGUUUACGAGCUAAAGCUAGACCCGAACACGACGCCUCAACCUGGCGACUCAGAGGUGGAACAAUUUAACCUGUGGUCGGUUGAUGACGUUGGAAAUGCAUUGAGAAAAGGCGAAUUUAAGCCCAACAGUGCCAUUGUCUUGAUUGACUUCUUCAUGCGACAUGGGAUCCUGACCCCCGAGAACGAACCUGACUUCCUGGAAAUCGUUUCGCGACUUCAUCGUCGUCUAGAGUUUCCAAUCUCUACUCCCCUGUAGACGGGGCGGGCAAAAUAGCUUCAUUUUAUCAAAUG